AUGAAUGGUUAUAGCGAUGAAGCAGGCAUCACGAAAGUAUUUGCUAAGACAACAGAAAAUGAACGAAAUAAAAGCGAUUGCAUUAUUUGUGAUAUCAAAAGUAAAUGUGCCGCCAUUUGUGUUCGAAGUGUAAGAAGAAACGGAAAAAGAUUCCGACUAAAGAAAGGGCCGAAAGGACGUAAAGCAAGAACAAAAAUGGCAGCAAAAAUGUUUCUUUAUAUGGCAUGA